AUGUCGUGGGAUGAGCUACUUGAUCAUAGAAAUGAGCCAUUUGAUAUAUCCUUCCCACCCGCGUUCGUUGUGCAUGCAUGCGACGAUCAGGACGAAGCACUGAUUGAUUCCCUCGUAGAUUGCGAGAUUGCUCGAGACACAGAUGCGGAGCAUUUUCAGUUGGUUCUGGAUCAGCGUCCAGUCAGCCAUCCAGACCAUGCCACGGCCCUCACUAACCUCGCGUGGGCCUGCCUCAAAGGCUACAUUCGAAAUUAUUCUCAAGACAUUGAUGCCACUACUUCCCUCUUCCGCGACGCCCUUGCAUUGCGUCCGCAGCCCCAUCCCGAUCAUCACUUAUCUCUAUACAAUCUGACCCAAGCGCUGAUUUGGCGCCACAACAAGAAAAGAACUUCUGCCGACAUCCGCGAAGCCGUACAACUCUAUCAUGAACUACUGCCUCUCCGUCCAGAUGGCACCUACCUUCGUAGUAUCAUAGCAGGGAAUGGUGUCGAUCAUGUGAUCAGCGCAUGCAACAAUCUUCCAAUAGACGUAUCUGAUGGGGGCAUCCAUCUUCGACGAGUCGUCCUCGAGCUUUAUCCUCUGGGCCAUCAACUCCAUCCCAGAGCCCUCGACAGGCUUGCACAAGCACUUCAAACACGCUUUUAUCAGCACGGCAGUAUCGAUGAUCUUGACACGAGCAUACAACUUGGUCGCGAAGCCGUGUAUCUGCGCCCCGAGGGACAUGCUCACCGCAAGCUCAAUGACCUUGAUGAGGUCAUCUCUUUGGACGAAGAAGCACUGCGCCUGCGCCUUGUUGGACAGAAUCUCAAAUGCGGCGACAUUGAUGACAUCACCCGAGCUAUCAGCCUCUAUCGUGAGUCACUGACGUUGCGCCCACCUGGGCAUCCAGGUCGUGACACCACGCUUAACAACCUUGCCCUCACGCUCAAAACUAGAUAUGACAAAUCGCAUGUCAGCGAGGAUCUCAACGAGGCCCUUGAUUGGUAUCGCGAAUCUUUUCGGUUAAGGCGGCUCGACCAUCCAGAGCGUCACACAACUCUUCUCGGUUUGAGCUCAUUGCUCUGCUCUCGUUUUACGGAAACUCAGAAGAAUGAAGAUGUCGAGGAGGCCAUUACGCUUUGCCAACAAUCAUUGGCGGCUCUGUCUUCACUACACCUAGAUAGAACACUCAGCUACUUGUGGUUGUGGUGGCUUACCAGUCUCGUUACCGGAUUCUACACGACCUUGCUGAUUUGUCACUUGCUGUAGAGAACUUCAGACUGGCAUCAGGACAUGCCGCACAAGGCUUUCUGCGACGUAUUAAGAUAUUUUGGUACUGGGUUGCUACAGCGGAGGAACACAACCAUGCAUCUGGACUGGAGGCCUACGCAACAUUUUUCAAUUUUUUUUGACGGUCACUUGGCAACGCGAUUAUCGACAAUUUCACGACGGGAAGCUGCCGCUGCCUUCCAUUAUGCCAGGUCACUGCUCGUAGAU